UUGUUAAAAGCUCUCCCAGUGUUCCAAGUUAGAAAAAACUUUUACGAGGUAUCAGCACUUUUCUUUCAGUAGUGGGGAAGGAAAGAUGAAAAAUACAAAACAGGAGUAGACUUUUAAAGUUUAAAUAGGCAGGUCGGAGUGCCUGAACGUGCUCUUCCAUUUUACUUUAACCCUUCAAAGAAGUAUUCUGAUCCAGUUUCAGUGCUGAUCAGCAAGGCCAGCAUCCUGUGAAGAUGGGUGAUUGGAGUGCCUUGGGAAAACUUCUUGACAAGGUUCAAGCCUAUUCUACUGCAGGAGGGAAAGUGUGGCUGUCUGUCCUGUUUAUUUUCCGAAUCUUGCUAUUGGGAACAGCAGUUGAAUCUGCUUGGGGAGAUGAACAGUCUGCUUUCCGUUGCAACACUCAACAGCCUGGUUGUGAGAAUGUCUGCUAUGACAAGUCCUUCCCCAUCUCCCAUGUGCGCUUCUGGGUUCUGCAGAUCAUAUUUGUGUCUGUACCUACCCUUUUGUACCUAGCACAUGUGUUCUAUGUAAUGAGGAAAGAAGAGAAGCUGAACAAAAGAGAAGAAGAGCUCAAGGUCGUCCAAAAUGACGGUGUGAAUGUGGAUAUGCACCUCAAGCAAAUAGAAAUUAAGAAAUUCAAGUAUGGGAUUGAAGAGCAUGGCAAAGUGAAGAUGCGUGGGGGACUGCUCCGUACUUACAUCAUCAGCAUCCUGUUUAAAUCUGUCUUCGAGGUGGCUUUCCUGCUGAUACAGUGGUACAUCUAUGGGUUUAGCCUGAAUGCAAUCUACACCUGUGAGCGAGACCCAUGCCCACACAGAGUGGACUGUUUCCUCUCUCGUCCAACUGAGAAAACCAUCUUCAUCCUCUUCAUGCUGGUUGUAUCCUUGGUGUCUCUUGCCUUGAACAUCAUCGAGCUUUUCUACGUGUUCUUCAAAGGUGUCAAGGAUCGUGUGAAGGGGAAAACCGACCCCUACUCCCACAGUGGUGCCAUAAGCCCUUCCAAGGACUGUGGCUCCCCCAAAUAUGCUUAUUACAAUGGCUGUUCCUCACCGACCGCCCCGUUGUCACCCAUGUCUCCCCCAGGAUACAAGCUUGUUACCGGAGACAGGAACAAUUCCUCCUGUCGUAACUACAAUAAGCAAGCUAGUGAGCAAAACUGGGCCAACUACAGUGCGGAGCAGAACAGAAUGGGGCAGGCUGGCAGCACCAUCUCCAACUCUCAUGCCCAGCCAUUCGAUUUCACCGAUGAGCACCAGAAUACUAAAAAACUGGCAUCAGGACAUGAGCUGCAACCUCUCACCAUUGUGGACCAGAGGCCUCCCAGCAGAGCCAGCAGCCGAGCCAGCAGCAGGCCUCGACCUGACGACCUGGAGAUCUAAGCUGCAAUACUUGCUCAACUAUGAAACGACAUGCAUUGGAAGAUGCAGUCAGUCAGUGCUGAUCUUGUUCCAGUGGAGGUGGUACUUAACAGUCUCAAGCAGGAGAUUUUAACAAUCAUACAAACAAGCGAAGAAACUUUUAAAAUACUUGCUGUU